AUGCUUGAGCAUAGAUUUGGUGAAAGUCAGACCCUGCGUACGGUGGGCAGCGUUGAGAUCCCUCUCCCCGAUGAUGACCCGGAUGCCUUUUUGAUUAUACUGAACAUUAUUCACGGCCAUUUGCGUCAAGUUCCGCUUCAAGUGGACCUUCAGACGCUGACCCAGCUUGCAAUACUAGUUGACAAGUACGAGCUGCACGAGCGUAUCGAAGUGUUUGCGGGCUUCUGGUUUGGUAAUCUGAUAUCCACUAUUCCUAACUGCUAUACGGAUGAUAUUCCAUCCUGGACGUGUGUCUGCUGGGUCUUUAACAAGCCAGAGGAGUUCAAAAGGGUUACCAGGCUGAUCCUGAGACAUGGACGGGGUACCUUAACCUUCAAUGAGCUACCUGUCCCGUCCUUCGUUGCUGAUGACUACCUAGAGAACGAACAUUGUAACUUCGAGUGUGAUGCUCUGAUGGUUGGUGCCUUGACAAAACGUCUACGAGCAUUCAAUAUCCUGCCACACCGUCCCAAGUCGCCGUAUACAGGCCUCAGUCUCCAGGACUUCACUCAUCGUUUUCGACAUGGCAUGUAUUUUCCAGCUGCCCAGAGGACGAGCACCUUUUUCUACAGCCACUCGAAGUGUGCUAUCCCUUCUAUUGAUCGCAUGCUGGCGGAAUGCGAACAGCUAUCGGAUGGACUCGAUAUGGCUGACUACAAGACUGCCCUGACUUUGGCUCUGUGA